AUGCAUUGUAUACCAAUAAAAUUACCAACAAUAGUUGAAAUGCAACUUAGAAAUAAUCAACUUCUCGGAAAUGCUAUUCAUAAUUAUAGACAUUAUGAGCGAUAUUUAAAUUUAUCUAAGAAGAGUAAAAUAUCUUUAAUAAAAAUGACAGACAAAGAAGAAGACAUUCAUGUGAUUAAUACUAAACCUUUAUGUUCUAUGGAAUCAAAUGAUACAUUUGAUUCAUCAUCAGUUAUUCUACAAAAAACUAAAGCAAGUUUUACAAAACUAAUGAAUCAAAUUCAUAAUCAAUAUAAAACUAAAAAUCAUAAAAAAGAUAUUGAAGAUGUUUUAAAUGGUAUUAUUAUGUUAACUGAUCAAUCAACUUCUCCAUUUUUAAAUCAAACAAAUAAUAAAAUAGCUGAUGAACUAAUGAAUACAAUAUAA